UCUCUCUCUCCUUCCUCGCUCCCUCACGCUUUCACACCGAUGAACACGCUGUGUGAUGAUUGCUACAUGUGGGCAACAGUAGAUAUCUCUACACAAGAACAGAGCCAAGCUAAACCCGUCGGAUAAAGCAGCUUCUCCAGCCUGAAUCAAAGAGCUGUCAUCUACAACGGCAGUGAACUGUAAAGGCAAAUCAGCUCUACGCUUGUUCCUACAGUACAACCAACUGGAAGAAACUGCAUCGCAAGGACAUUCAGGCCAUGAAAACUAGACUAGGGUGCCUGUCUAACAAAUCAGACUCAUGCAGCGAUUUUUCAGAAUUCCUGCCUCCUGCUCAGGAGAGAUCCACAAGAUACUUAAAGUUAUCCACUGAUGAAGUGACCAGAUGGGCAGAUUCAUUUGACGCUCUGCUGUCCAAUAAAUAUGGUUUGGCAGCCUUCAGAACCUUCCUCAAAACAGAGUUCAGUGAUGAAAACAUUGAGUUCUGGUUGGCUUGCGAGGACUAUAAAAAGAUCAAAUCCCCUGCUAAGAUGAUGUCUAAGGCCAAUAAGAUCUACAAGGAAUUUAUUGACGUUCAUGCACCCAGAGAGGUUAACAUAGACCACAGGACCAGAGAGGAAACCAGACAGAGGCUUCUGGAACCAACUCCCAACAGUCUCAAUGAAGUCCAAGCAAAAGUGUACAGCCUCAUGGAGAAAGACUCCUACCCUCGGUUUAUAAGAUCAAAGAUCUAUCAGGACUUACUGAACAGGACGCAGAUAUACUGUCAGAGGAAAUCUGUUUAAAGGGGAAUGUUUAUUUGCUUGCCUGGUUAGAUUACAUUGAGAUAUUCAGCAGACUUCAAUUGUAAUAUAUAGCAUAGUCUGUGUGUUUACGAAAUAAUUAGAUGAGAAUAAUCAAAUAACAAAGGUCAAAAGACGAACUAGUUCCCUGCUAGUUUGUGCAUCUAAACUUAAACAUGACCCUGUACUGUGCUUCUUUGCCCAGUUCUAAUUGUAACACGUGGCUAUAUUCUCUCCCUUCAGUUGUGAUAGAAUGGUCAAUGUUUCUUCUGAAUGCUGGCAAGCAUGUAAAUGUAAAUCUGUCUCUAAAUGGGUAAUAUGUAAGAGUAGAGUAUAUGAUCAUUUAUUUUUCUUAUCUUCAAUGUAACUUGUGCACACAUUAACACUGAUAUAUUUCGAUAAAACAACUUAAGACAUGCCUGCUGUUACCGCAUGCAGCCUCGGCCUUCAAACUUCUCUCAUUGAUUCCCUUAAAAUCUAAAUCUAUAAAUACUUUAAUUCCACGCACAUACGCACACUGAAUAUAUUUAUAUUUUUCUCUGAAGAAGUGAUAUUUUUAAUGUAAUAUUUAUGUUUGUUUAUUUUGUUUUUUUUUAAUUUAUUUAAGCUUAUUUCACGUGUUGGUGUUCUGAUGGUUUACAACGACAUGUUCUCGUGAUGAUACUAGAUCAAGUAAAGCAUGUCACUUCGAAUGGUGUUGGCUUGUGGUUUUUUGGGGGGUUUUUUUGCUGAAAACGUGUUAUCUGUUUGAAUGUAUCAAGCUUUAUUCUUUGAAUGGUCUAGGAAAUGAAAUAAUACAAAUUAAAUACAAACUGAUUUUAAAUCACUCUACUAUACCAAAUAUUUUCUUCUGUUUCGCAAUAAAAUAUAGUAGGUUCGGUAGUUAAUUUCCCUAAUCGAACAAAAGAAGGAAAAAGUGCUGAAUAGCUUUGAGGGAUAUACUGUAGAGCAAUACGUUUCAUUUUACUUUUGUUUCAUCAGUGCAAUGAGAAAUAAAUAGUUCACCCAAAAAUGGAAAUUUGUUGAAAAUGAAAAGAAUAUUCAAGAUUCUGUGCAGUCAAUGGGUGCCGUCAGAAUGAGAGUCCAAACAAGGCGUAAGUAAUCCUGUCCAUCAAAUCCAAGUCCAUAAUUCAAUAAUAAUAAUAAACAUUUUCAAGCCUGAUCUCAUUUUUAUACGUAGGUAUGAAUACAUAACGUUUACAAGCAUAAAACAUACAUUUUUGUACAUUUUGACUCAUGCUAAAACAUAGACAUAUUUCGAAGUUUAAAACGUAAAAAUCGC